AUGGUGAAGAACAAAGGCGCACAACAUGCGCAAGCUAAUGCGCCGCCUCCGCCAGGCUCGAAUCUUAUAAUAUGCAGGAACAAACAUUGGCGAUAUAUCUCGUCCUUCCACGGACCAUGGCUUCAACUACCACCCGAAAUCCUCGACUCUCUCGCUCACCAGAACUACACAAUGCCUGCCCCUCGCCUGGUUGACCCAGCAGUCUUCUACGAUGUCGUCGAGAUCCGCAAAUCUGUGGAAGAAGCGGCGCAGGACUCUGUGCGUGCCUCGACAGGAAUCAGCAAUACCGCCAUGACCGGACGCAUGGACUACUUCGGCGCAGGAGGAGGACCGUCAAGUCAACUGAGUAAAGAAAGAAUAUUCAAAAUCCGGCAAAAAGCAGUGAAAUUGCUCAGUAAAGCUUUCACGUUGGACGAGGUGGCGGCGAGUGUUGCGACUAUGCAGGCAACGAGUACAGUGGAGGACGUAGCUCAGCAUGUUCUCAAAAGAGAGGCCGGCAACAUUGAUGCAAAAUAUGUACACUUCUUCCAUGAGAAGAUACCCAGUAGGGCGAUGGAGCAAUAUACGCCGCUGGAUCCACUGAACGAGAUCAUCUCGUCUUUGCCAUUGGAGCAGCAAGCACCGCCUUUAAGGACUCGAGCUCUGGUGCAGAUAUUCAAGUCGCAAUGGGAGGGCGCGGCGACGGAUCUGACGAUGGCAUUGAGAAUAACGGAAGAACUCAAGCGGACGCAUAAGCCGAAUGCGCAGCAGUUGGAGCUGGCGAGUAGGAUGCGAGAGGAGCAGGAAGCCUGGAGCAAAGGCUCCAAAGACUGGAGAUCCGUGCCGCAAUUGAAAGAGGAGGAUCAGCCGCAGAGCUUGGAGCAGCAGUUAUACUUCAAUCGUGGUGGCGUGUAUUUGACAAUCGCCUGUCAGGGUGUGAAUGAUGCGCUGGACGGUCUCAAAGAGUAUCAGGAGGCGCAGGCGAAGGGUGAGACGAACGGUGUGGAUACGAAGGCUCAGGCAGCUCGAUUAGAGGCUCGUAAGAAGGUGAAGACCUAUGCGAAGCGUGCGCUCAGAGAUUACCUUUCCUUCCUAUCGAAUUUUGAUUACACUCCUGGCCUGCCAUUCGAGAUUACCAACGAAAUCAUGCGUCGCGUGUAUGAUCUUGCAAACGGUAACAAGACGCAAACGCCGCUGCCGAAGACUCGACUCGUCGAGCUCGACAACGACGAGAAGGAGGUCGCUGAGGACGGCGAGACUGAAAAUGGCCACUCUUCUGCGGUUACCAGGCAAGAGAAAGCAAGACCAGAGUCGUUCGAAAGAGGUGAAGAUGGUUGGCCAAAGUUUCCGAGCCCAAAAAUCCAUCCAGCCAGUGCUCUAUUUGCCGAGCGGCCGCCAGCUGAUAUCCCAGCUUUCCCAAACGAACAGACCACUCAUGCUAUGCUCAACAAUGAAAUGAUCCAUGAGGCUUUUGGCAGUCGAGAAGCUGUGACAUACCACCCGCUAUUGACUGAUGCGCUGCAUUCGUUACUGCUAGCCCAUUCGCUAUUACAGACCAGUCCGACAGAGCUGCUUAGACAUGCGCACAACGCAGCCCGGCUGGCACGUGUAGCAGACGGGUACCCAAUCUUUCAAGCUGCCAGAAGUCCUGCCAGAGCAGAUUGGAUUGAGGUUCUGCGGCGUGCAAAUAAUUGGCUUGGUCUUUCCGUGCCAUGGCAGAAACUCUGUGCGCCUGCGCCACUACCUGAAGCGGCUGGUGGUUGGGCCAAAGAUAGUAGCACUGGCGCUGUGGCGAAGCGAAAGCAGAAGCGUGAAGAGACCGCUGAACAGAAACGGGAACGGAUCAAACAGGAGUCCAUUAUUGAUGCACUCUCAGAUGAUCGCGUUGUGGACGAAGAGAGCUUCCAGCGUGCAGUCCGAGCUCGUGAACGCCGAGCCAUGGAGGACGAACAAGGUAUAUCGGGACCACUCAAAGACAAAGGCGAUUCGUCAUGCUCGAGCCCUAGUCCAGCGUCUGAGCAAGAAGAGGCAUCACCCGCGCCACAGCCAAAGCGAUGGGCACAGGAUGAGAAUGGGAAGGAGUACCCCAUCUCCACUGAUCGUGCGGAGGCCAUUUCCAGAUGGAUCCGUGAGGCGCCUCUGUCGAUGGGAGGCAAGAAGAAGCGACCAGCUAGGAAGAAGAGACCUGCUGAUGGUGCUGCCGAUGGUGUGCAUACAGCUACAAAUGGAGUGGCAGAUAUGGGCCUUGGCGAUGAUGACGAGGGACCAGACUAA